UGGCUUCCCCCUCCUUGGAGGAAAACUGUACAGCACUCCAGCACUGCACAGAGGAGCUCAGGCAAUGGGGAGCUAGAGAAGGCCUCACCUUUGACUUCAACAAAACAGAACUGCAGCACUUCACACGUGGAACCAACCAUUCCAACCCCACAUGCUCUAUUCGCUCCACUCAAGGCUCACACACAGUCACACCUCCCCCUCCUGGCGGUGCAACGCGCUGGCUAG